AUGUCGCAGUCUCCUUUGUACAUCGGUUUCGACCUGUCCACCCAGCAGCUGAAGGGCUUGGUGGUCAAUUCGGAGCUGAAGGUCGUCUACAUCGCGAAAUUUGACUUCGAUGCCGAUUCCCAUGGCUUUCCCAUCAAGAAGGGCGUCUUGACAAACGAGGCCGAGCAUGAAGUCUACGCUCCGAUCGCAUUGUGGUUACAGGCCUUGGACACCGUGCUCGAGAGCUUGCGCAAGCAAGGGCUGGAUUUCAGUCGCGUCAAGGGCAUCAGCGGGGCAGGCCAGCAGCAUGGGAGUGUCUACUGGGGCGAUGAGGCAGAGCAACUCCUCCGCAACCUCGACCCGUCCAAGUCGCUUGAAGAUCAGCUUCCCGCUGCUUUCUCCCACCCGUACAGUCCCAAUUGGCAGGAUUCUAGCACCCAGCGAGAAUGCGAUGAGUUCGAUGAGAUCCUCGGCAGUCCAGAACAACUUGCACAGGCUACUGGAAGCAAAGCCCACCAUAGAUUCACGGGUCCUCAGAUCCUCCGCUUUACCAGAAAGCACCCCGAGGUGUACAGCAAGACAGCUCGCAUCUCCUUGGUCUCCUCUUUCAUUGCCUCCCUAUUCCUUGGACAUAUUGCCCCCUUCGAUAUCUCGGAUGUAUGCGGCAUGAAUCUGUGGAACAUCAAAAAUGGCACCUAUGAUGAUAAGAUCCUCCAGUUGUGUUCUGGCAAGUUCGAGGUCGAGGAUCUGAAGCGGAAGUUGGGCGAUGUGCCCGAGGAUGGUGGGCUACACCUAGGAUCGGUCCACUCCUACUACACAAAGCGUUAUGGCUUCAGCUCGGAUUGCACAGUCAUCCCCGCCACCGGCGACAACCCGGCCACGAUCCUCGCGCUGCCUCUUCGACCGUCCGAUGCGAUGGUGUCUCUGGGUACCUCGACGACCUUCCUCAUGUCUACUCCCAGCUACAUGCCUGAUCCAGCCACUCACUUUUUUAACCAUCCAACGACCGCCGGGCUCUACAUGUUCAUGCUAUGCUAUAAGAACGGCGGCCUGGCCCGUGAAUAUGUGCGGGAUUCCAUUAAUGAGUCUCUAAAGGAUCACCCAUCACAGCCUUGGGCCAAUUUCGAUAAGAUUUCGUUGGAGAGCCCACCACUCGGCCAGAAGAACCCUACAGACUUGAUGAAGAUGGGACUAUUUUUCCCGCGGCCAGAGAUUGUCCCGAACCUCCCAUCCGGUCAAUGGCGUUUCACCUAUAACGCAGAAUCUGGAGACUUGCAAGAGACCACUUCGGGGUGGAGUGCUCCGAACGAUGAAGCCCGCGCCAUCAUUGAGAGUCAGCUGCUCUCGCUCCGCCUUCGAUCCCGAGGACUCACCCAGAGCCCCGGAAAUGGGCUGCCGGCGCAGCCACGCCGAGUCUACCUUGUGGGAGGUGGAUCCAAGAACCAGGCCAUUGCGAAAAUUGCAGGCGAGAUUCUUGGAGGUGUGGAAGGCGUUUAUAAGCUGGACAUUGGCGACAACGCCUGUGCCCUGGGAGCCGCUUACAAGGCUGUCUGGGGCAUGGAGCGGCAGCCCGGUCAGACAUUUGAAAAUCUCAUCGGCCAGCGGUGGCAAGAGGAGGAGUUCAUUGAGAAGAUUGCGGAUGGAUAUCAAAAGGGCGUGUUCGAGCAGUAUGGCAAGGCUGUGGAAGGGUUCGAGAAGAUGGAACAGCAAGUGGUGCAGCAAGUGAGUGCGGCUCAAGGCGCCAAACCAUAA